AUGGUUCAACAUAAGUGGUGGAAAGAGUCAACUGUAUACCAAAUAUGGCCUGCUUCAUAUAAGGAUUCAAAUGGUGAUGGGAUUGGAGAUAUCCCGGGUAUUAUCUCCACUUUAGACUAUUUGAAAUUCUUAGGCGUAGACGUGAUUUGGAUAAGUCCUAUGUAUGAUUCGCCUCAAGAUGAUAUGGGAUAUGAUAUUUCGAAUUAUGAAGAGAUAUUUGAAAAGUAUGGUACUCUACAUGAUAUGGAGCAGUUAAUAGUUGAAACUCAUAAAAGAGGUAUGAAACUUAUGUUGGAUCUUGUUAUUAAUCAUACGUCCAGUGAACAUCAAUGGUUUAAGGAAUCGAGAUCUUCCAAACAAGAUCCAAAGAGAGAUUGGUAUAUCUGGAAACCUCCAAAAUAUGAUUCUAAUGGGAUUCGUCACCCUCCUAACAAUUGGGGAUCUUACUUUUCAGGAUCAGCUUGGAAAUAUGAUGAAUUAACUGAUGAAUAUUAUUUACAUUUAUUUGCUGAAUCUCAACCUGAUUUAAACUGGGAGAAUGUUGAAACAAGAGAAGCUAUUUAUAAAUCAGCUAUCAAAUUCUGGUUAGAAAAAGGAAUUGAUGGGUUUAGAAUUGAUACAGCUGGAAUGUAUUCUAAAGUUCAAACCUUCCAAGAUGUUCCUAUCACUUUCCCAGAUAAAGAUUUUCAACCUUGUAAGCUUUAUCAUCAACAUGGUCCAAGGAUUCAUGAAUUCCAUAAAGAGAUAUAUGAUAGAUUCAUGAAACCAUUCCAUGCCAUCUCAGUUGGAGAAGUAGGUCAUUCCACUAAAGAAGAAUCAUUAAAAUAUGUCAGUGAAGAGGCUAAAGAAAUGAAUAUGAUGUUUUUAUUCGAUGUUGUUGAAGUUGGAGUUGAUUCAAGAGAUAGAUUUAGAUUCAAAGGUUAUGAUCUUAUAGAUUUCAAAAAGGGUAUUCAAUCUCAAAGUGGAUUUAUAGAAGGUACAGAUGCUUGGUCGACAGUUUUCAUUGAAAACCAUGAUCAACCAAGAUCAAUUUCAAGAUUUGGAAAUGAUUACCCUCAAUUCAGAGUUAAAUCAGGUAAAGCAUUAGCUGUGUUACAAACUACUUUGACUGGUACUGAAUUCAUUUACCAAGGUCAAGAAAUUGGUAUGGUUAAUGUUCCGCGAGAUUGGGAUAUUAAAGAAUAUAAAGAUAUCAAUACUAUUAAUUAUUAUAAGGAUAAUAAUUUAGAUAAAAGUACGGAUAAGGAGAUCUUCGAUGUGAUUAAUUUAAUGGCAAGAGAUAAUGCAAGAUCACCCGUACAAUGGGAUUCCAGUAAGAAUGCCGGAUUUACUUCUGGAAUUCCUUGGACAAGAGUUCAUGAUAAUUAUCGCGAUGUCAAUGUGGCAAAUCAAAAGAAAGAUCCUAAUUCGAUUCUUCAUUUCUGGAAGAAAGCAUUAGAAUUAAGAAAGAAAUAUAAAGAUUUGUUCAUUUAUGGAAAAUUUGAAAUUAUCGAUAUAGAUAAUCCUGAUGUUUUCUCAUUCUUGAAAAUUAAUGAUAAAGGUGAAAAGGCUUAUAUUAGUAUUAAUUUUACACCUAAAACUAUACCAUUUACAAACUUAUUAACAAAUGAAACUAUCACUUUGAUACUUUCAAAUUGUGAUGAAAAAUUUAACGAACAAAUAAUGACGCCGUACGAAGCAAGGAUUUACCUUGUCAAUUUAACAUGA